UUCUAGUAUCGCCCUGGGGACAUUGGUGCCGCCAUCCAUGACCCGUCUCUGAGAGAACCGUCCCCGUUCUCCAUCGAGACCCCACUUCCCCGAUCGUCCUGUCUGUGGAGCCAGCUCUGCUCGGGCAAAGGUCAGUGCGUGCAAAAUGCCGUACACGCCCCCGUCCAACCGGUCCCCGGCUUCGUCGGGUCCCCCAUCGCCCGACGAGAGUCGGAGGCCAUCGUUCCACCAAGCACACAACACCAGCUCGCGACCUGCUCUGCCGCGGUCGACUUCGUACCUGACGAGGCACCGGCGAACGCCGUCGGUCACGCAACCCCGCGCAAGCCAGCCGUCGCCCGAGGCGACGUCGGAGGACCUGAAGAGCAUGGCGACGGCCAGCAGUGUGCGGCAGUCGCCACCCCCAAUCACCGGCGACCGCAGGAUGCCGAACGGGGCGAUCAUGUCUCCGCCCGACUCAGCUAGUGACGAUGACGACCCGCCCGAGGCGCACAGCCGGCAGAUCGAGAACCUCGAGGAGCUGCAACGUGCGAUUAGUCAGAUCCCGCAGCCGCGGUCGCGUCAAUCCUCCAGCGGCGCCGCAGGGCCUGAGGAGGCUGCCGACCCGGCGCAAGCCGGCGCUGGCAACGACGGCAUGCAUCACAGCUUCAGCACGGGCUCGCUGGGCGAGCUCGCAUCCGGCGGGCACCGCCGAUUCACCCACAUGAGGUCGGCGACGGAGCCGCACAUCCCGCUCGCUAAAUCCGCCAGCAGCUCCACGACGGGAUCCGAGGAGGACUCGGAUGAGGAGAGGCUGCGGAAGCCGCAGAUGGUGCGGAAGAAGUCCGGCGAGCUUGUCCGGCCGGCGCUGCGCCCGGCAUCCCGCCGGCGGCCGUCUAGUAUGCCCGGGACGCCCACCUUCUCCAAGGCGGUGCACUUCGAUUCGCACCUCGAGCAUGUGCGGCACUUCCUCCAGGUGGACAGGCCCCUCGCCGUCAGCGCCGGGUCGUCGCCUGUCGACAACUACGACAGCGACGCCGAGUACCCGUUCCCCGCCGACGAGCGGCCCUCCGCGCGCACUCCUCCGUUCGAGUGGGAGAUCAUCAUGAGCAACUUCCCCCUGGAGACACCAGUGCGCAAGGCGCAGCCGGUGCGCCUGGAGCGGGUUUGGCUCUCGAGCGACCAGAAGUCGCUCGUCGGGUCUGUCGCCGUGGCCAAUUUCGCGUUCCAGAAACACGUCGUGUGCCGGUUCACCCUAGAUUACUGGAAGACAACAUCUGAAGUGGCGGCCGAGUACGUCUGCGAGAUCCGCCCCGUCGACACGCCCCACGGCCAGGACAGGUUCAACUUCAGCAUCCAGCUAUCGGACCUGGCCAACUUGGAGUCCAAGACGCUGUUCUUCUGCAUCCGGUAUAACGUGAACGGGCAGGAGUACUGGGACAACAACAACGGCACUAACUUCCAGGUUGACUUCCGCAAGAAGAUGCUCCCCCAGAACGGCAAGAUGGGUGUUGUCGGCGCAUCUUCCCGCCCGCUGACUGGGCUGCCCAAGAGCAGUCGCCGCCCGGGCCUUCCGACGAGCCAGAAGUCGAGGCAGGUGUCGAGCACGGCCGAUGAGUUCGGUGACAGCCCGCGGCCGACGUUCAACCGGUCGAUCCACGAAUAUCUCGGGGAGGAGUCGGGCGCCCCCGGUCUCAGGCUGAAAGGCGUGAGAAGCGCCGGGGACCUCCCCAGCGACAACCUCGCGAAGGGGCUGUCCGGCCCCAGCGGGCAGUUUGCUCUGCGGUACGACUUCGGGGACUCGUUGAGUAGGGCCAUCCAAAACGCCAAGAACGAGAUGGCUGGGAAGUCGGAUGGCCUAUACAUGAAGUCGAGGAAGAAGGCGGACUCUCCAACUCCUGCCAAGGCAGGCCCAGAGGCUCAGACCGAGCAGCUUCCUGCCGUCAAGCCGGCAUCUGCGGGUGCCGGGCCGGCAGCCGAAUCCCCGGCGGACUCGCCACGGACGGGCAUUGCCACUGCCUCGUACGACGAGAUCAUCAGCAAGUGGUGCUUUUUCAGCACCAAGUCAAAGGGCUCCCAAGCCAAGGGAGCAUCGUCGAAAGCGGGGCCGUCUGAUGGCGCCGACGAUAGCAGCACCAUGACCAGUCACGAGGGCAGCCCGGUUCAGAUGGGCAACUACUACCAUUCGUCGAGCGGCGCUCAGCACCACUCGCUGCAUCCGCAGGAUCUGAACCCGUACUUCGCCCACGUGCCGACCCCCAGGGCCAUCGGCGGCUCGCCCGCGGAGUCGCCCGCCAAGUCGCCCGCCGACAGCAUCUCGCCGCAACAGGGCGGCGGUCCUCCGGCCGGCACAUCCCGCACACAUUCCGCCGCUAGCCCGCCGCACACGCUAGCAGGGGGAUUCGCCCCUGUGGUCGGUACGUCCGCGUCGCCGAGCGAGUAUCUCUACCAGCGCGCGCAAGACCGUUUUCCGUUUCACAAUCCCGAGACUUUUGCUCCGGCGCCGAUUAGGGGUUAAGACAGAGGCGCAUGCGCAGUGACCCGGCCCAGUGGGGAGUGGCUCGCGCGCCGACGCGGUGGCGCGCCCCGGCCCCCAUUCUCUUUUCUUACCAGCUCUCGGCUCAGUCUCAUGCCGUCCUGGACCGAGCCGCGGCGGCCUAAUAUCUUCUCUCUCCUCUAAGUUUGGCGUUGCUGCCAUGUUUGCGGAUCAUAGGGUCACUGUGACGCUCGGCGUUUGGGGAAGGGAGAAAUUUCUAUUUUCGGUACGACAGCAUGAAAACG